CUAUGUCAGAGCGGAAAGAUAGCUGCAAGUCAUGUCGCGAGACUAAUAACGCGUGUGAUAAGAAGCGGCCAAGAUGCGGCCAAUGUGCCAGCCAGGGAAAAAUGUGUGGGGGUUAUGAUAUGGGCCGCAUCUUCAUCAACGUCAACUCUUCUUCUCCACCUCCGAUUUGGAGCCGAUCAGCAAAUGCGCAAAAGUACCUCGUUUUGGAUUUGAAGUCCCAAUCACACGACCCCGAGAACCCCGGUGCAUCUAUCUCCAGACCUUCUAGCUCCCUGUCAUUUCAUUCUCACUCGGGAUUGUCCAUGGCUACUCUGGAGCCGGCGCUACCAGAUGUCUCUUCGUCCGAGAAAGAUCCCGCAGACAUACGAAGCAUUGUAGAUACUUUUCUCAAACUCUACUACAGACGAUACGGUCAAGCAGAAGCAUCCAUUGAAUUACUCACCAGUGGUCAAGAAAUUGGAGGUUGGAGGAGGUUGUUGCCUUACUGGAUAGGACGGUCGCCGACCCUCGACAUGGCAAUCAGAUCCCUCGCUGCUUCCUUCGUCGGGGCACAGUAUGAGGAUUUGAAUCUUAUCGACCAAGGAAGAGAUCUAUAUCUGCAGGCACUACAAAUGGUACAAAGAGCUCUGUCGGAGCCGGAUUCAGCUUCCCGCAAAGAUGUAUUGGUUACAACGCUCGCGAUGAGCUCCAUUGAACUUUUUCUGUCCAAUGGCGCAACAUCUAGUCAAUCAGCGCACAUUGAAGGCGCCAAUCGGCUUCUUGAAAGUGUCAUACAGACUGAAGAGAUUGAGGAGAUUCACCUCCAUGCUCUUAACCAAGGCUUGUUCCAGGCAAUCUCCAUGCGUCAGCGAUACAUCUUCUCAGACCCUUCAUACCGCCAUCUAGUCCACCGUCUCUAUUGCGUACCGCGAACGAGCCACAACAACCUGUUUUUCCAAUGGUGUGAGACGAUAAUCCCACUCCCAAACAUACUCCAUGCCAUUGACAGCAUCUCGUCACCCACCAGCUCCUCGCAACCAUCAACUCAUACAGUCCUAUCGAUCCUAGAAGACAUCCAAGCAUUAGAACACGCAAUGGUCCCAUGGUACGAACAACUAAAGGCCAGCAGUCCAGGUGCCUGGACCUUCCCGACCGCGCAAACAGGCAGCGCAGACUCCGUCCCCUUCCCACUCCAAUUCGUGUCCAUCGAAACCUGCACACUCUACUGUCUGCACUGGUCCUCGCAGCUCCUCAUUCUCGAAGCCCGCCAGGUCCUCAACUUAUACCUCCCUCCUUCCGAAUUCGCCAACCAGCCAUCUACAGCCGUGCUGCUUCCGCAGCUGGCAGAGUACGCGUCGCUCAUUUGCCGCUCGGUCCAAUUCUGCACCGAGAAUAGAUCGUUUGCUGCCUCUGAGAACAUGUUUCUCCCGCUGUAUGCGGUUGCUGGGUUCUAUCAGCGUCAGAACGACGAGAAGCGUAUGAAGUGGUGCGCCGGGGCUUUUACUCGUGUCGCGGCGCAGCAAAAGAUUGGAUAUGCUGUUGGCCACUUCAAUCUGCAAUGAUCUUUUUUCCCCUGUUUUUGUUGUUUUUCCCUGUGGGUUUUGUGCCGUAUGCAGGGUCCUAUUUUUUUUAGAACCCUAAUUACGGCUCUUUUCUAUUCAUGUUGCCUUUUCUUCAUGGCUAUAUACCCCCGUUUUCCUCCAUCACUGUCGCUACGGAUGUUUUGCAUUUUUGCAUUUUUGCACUUUUUUUCUUUUUGCAUUUUUCCUGUUGGUUUGGUUCAUGGCUAUGCAUUGCAUUGAAUUGGCGUUGUAGCGCCCCACGUUAUGUUUUUUCCAUUUAGACCGUCACAAAAUUUCCGAAGUGUUUUUUCUCCCUUGCUCUUCUUGCCGUCGUUCCCUCUUAACGCAUCUCUUUUGUUCAUUUACGUAGCAUUAUCAUCGUAGCAUGCAUGCAUCAUAGUAGCAAAAACGUCUGUUCUUUUUCUCGCAACACUUUUUCUUCUUCUUCUUUUCUUUCUCACUUUCCCAGCGAAAAAUAAGAUAAAAUCAAAAUCAAAAAAGGUCCAUAUCCCAAUCUUCUUGUCUGUCUAGAAAAAACAAGAAAGUUUUUGUCUCCUUAUAAAUCUAGUGCACCGUGAUUUAUACAGUGCGGUUUUUGAGUAUGAACAACGAUGGCUAGAACUUGAUCUUGUUUCAAUAUCGUCGUACGUGAGGAGAAAAGAUUGCCAUUGCUCCUUAGACAUGUCCCCAAAAACGAAAAACAAUGCAGCACUGGAAACAUUGUCGCUAAAAGAGAAGGGAUGGGAGUGGGGAACAACAAACGCAAAUGUUGGGUACAUAUACACCAACUUUUACAACAUGGUUUACUUCAGUGCUCACUCACUCGGCAC